GCAGCACAGAUCCAUAAAUGCUGAGCAGUUCACAGCAUUUCUGUCUAAGAUCAACCUUCAGAAUGCCCCUCUGCCUGCCAAAUUGCCAGGGCUAUUAGAGCGUGAUUACACUGCUUGGCUCUGAGCAUUAGAUAACCCUACCCAGCUGGGCUUGCUCCGGACCUGGGAUGGCUCCAGACAUCAGCUGUGUCUUUUUAGUGGCACUUUUUUCAGCCAGCUGUGAAGCCAUCGCCUCCUCAGAUCAGAUGUGCAUUGAGAAAGAAACAAACAAAACAUACAACUGUGAAAAUUUAGGUCUCAGCGAAAUUCCUGGCACUCUACCAAACUCAACAGAAUGUUUGGAGUUCAGCUUUAAUUUCUUGCCUACAAUUCAAAACACGACCUUCAGCAGACUUGUAAAUCUCACCUUUCUUGAUUUAACCAGGUGCCAGAUUUACUGGAUACAUGAAGAUACCUUCCAAAGCCAACAUCAAUUAGACACACUUGUGCUAACUGCAAAUCCCCUGAUAUUUAUGGCAGAAACAGCACUUAAUGGACCCAAGUCACUGAAACACCUGUUCUUCAUCCAAACAGGAAUGUCCAGUCUUGACUUCAUCCCCAUGCACAAUCUGAAAAACUUGGAAAGUCUACAUCUUGGAAGCAACCAUAUUUCCUCCAUUAAGCUCCCCAAAGACUUCCCAAUGGAGAAGCUCAAGGUUCUGGAUUUUCAAAAUAAUGCUAUCCAUUACCUGUCUAAAGAAGAUAUGGAGUCUCUACAGCAGGCCACUAAUCUGAGCCUUAACUUAAAGGGAAAUGGCAUCACAGGGAUAGAGGUUGGGGCUUUCAAGUCAACUGUCUUCCAAAGUUUGGACUUUGGAGGGACUCUUGAUUUGCAGGUUAUAUUCAAAGGUUUGCAGAACUCCACUGUCAGGUCUCUCUGGCUGGGGACCUUUGAGGACAUUAAUGAUGAAGACAUUAGUUCCUCUGUGUUUGAGGGUCUCUGUGAAAUGUCUGUUGAGAGCCUGUACCUGCAGAAGCAUCACUUUUUCGACAUCUCAUCCAAUACAUUUCAUUGCUUUACCAGUCUCCGGGAACUGGACCUUACAGCCACUCACCUGAAAGAAUUACCCUCUGGGAUUGUGGGACUAACAAACCUCAAGAGAUUAGUUCUCAGUGCAAAUAAGUUUGCUAACUUGUGUCAAAUCAAUGCUUCCAAUUUUCCCUCCCUUACACACCUGUACCUCAAGGGUAACAUGAGGAGACUUGACCUUGGUACUGGCUGUUUAGAAAACCUAGAAAAUCUUCAUCUGCUUGAUCUAAGCCAUGAUGACAUCCAAACUUCUGACUGCUGCAACCUGCAACUCAAAAACCUGUCUCACUUACAAAGCCUAAACUUGAGCUAUAAUGAACCCCUGGGCCUGAAGUCAGAGGCUUUCCAAGAGUGUCCUCAGCUAGAACUCCUGGACCUGGCAUUUACCCAAUUAAGGGUAGAUACUGCACAAAGUCCCUUCCAGAACCUCCACCUUCUGAAGGUUCUAAAUCUAUCCCACUGCCUCCUUGACGCCAGCAAUCAGCAUCUCCUCGAUGGCCUUCCUGUGCUCCAGUAUCUGAACUUUGGGGGAAAUCACUUUCCAGAUGGGAAUAUCCAAAAGACCAACCCACUUCAGACACUGGAAAACCUAGAGACCCUAAUUUUAUCAUUCUGUGAUCUGUCCUCCAUAGACCAGCAAGCCUUUAUCAGUCUUAAGAUAAUGAAUCAUGUAGACCUGAGUCACAACAGGCUGACAUCCAAUAGCAUUGAGGCUCUUAGUCAUCUUAAGGGGAUCUACCUCAAUCUAGCUUCCAACAGCAUUGGCAUCAUCCCAUCCGGUCUCCUCCCCAUCUUGUCCCAGCAGAGAACCAUUAAUUUAAGAGGAAAUCCACUGGACUGCUCUUGCUCAAAUAUUUACUUCUUAGAAUGGUACAAAGAAAACAUGCAAAAACUUGAGGACACAGAGGACACUCUUUGUGCAAAUCCUCCAUUGCUGAGGGGAGUCAGACUAUCUGAUGUCACGCUGUCCUGUGGUAUCACAGCUGUGGGCAUUUUCUUUCUCAUUGUAUUCUUGUCUUUGUUCACGGUUGCAUUGAUUUUUGCAGUGAAAUAUUUUCUCAGGUGGAAAUACCAACACAUUUAGCUCAAGGUUUCCCGAGAAGGCAGAUAAAUGUGCUCAGCAAAAUUGUCCCAAGUGAAGAAACUGUCAUGUCCAGGUGAAUGGACUUUUCAGUUGUUUCCUAGUGCUGGGCUGGCCUUCACUGAGCUUUCCAUGGUGCUGGAGCUGGAGGACUAGGCACUGCUAUGAGACACAGAACCACUUUCAGCUGUGAAAUGUGACUCACAUUCACUGAAGCCCCCAAACAAUCCCACCCAUCUGAGAAAGGAAAGCAUCACUCGUCACCCACCCCCUACUCCUGCCCUACCCCUCUGUGCUGGGGCCAACCCUGUCCCUCCAUUCUCUCUCAGACUUCUGACAUUUUGCUUGAGGCUGAGCUCUCUGUAAUUAAGCCAUUUGGGAAAGUUAGACCCCUGGCAAAGUCUCAGUGCUCAUUUUAAAUGACAAAAAAGUAAAAAACUACAAUGAAUUUAAAAGAAAAGACAAAGUAAUACAUUCUGCUCUCAACUAGAUUCUAUUAGUUACCUCAAUUAUUUGCUUUCUAAGGUCUUGAGAGGCCCCUAGGGUGCCAACAGUACAAAACUUUUAAAGCCUCUCCCCACCCAUACAUAUCUGAAGGUAGGAUUUCAUCCAUCUCACAACCAGGAGGUCCCCAUUCCCUGUCUGCUAUUCUGGCUCUUGAGUUGCAAACUUAGAGGUGGGCUGUGGACCUGUCUCCCACAGGAGCAGGGAGAUGAAUCAUGUCUUGUUCCCAGGCUGGCCUUCCAAAGCCUGUUCCCCUUGGACAAUAUUGAACACUUCCACAAUGGAACCUUGUGGGUUUAUGUGUCCCUGCACACUGGCUGUUGGGGACAUGAUAAGGAAGAAGAGAUUUCUGCUCAGUCCAGGGGUAUUCCCAGAGGGUGUGACAGUGACAGACAAUGUGGGCUAUUGAAUGCAGAUAGACAGAGAGGACAAGAUAGUUGACAAUGUCACAACUUAAUCCCUCCCAAGUCCCCAACUCCUUCUGAUGCAGGCAGAUUCUCCUGAAGUCUGAAUUGCUGGUUGAAAGUCAGUGUCUGUGAUGUUUACAAUUACUGUUCCCUGAAUUCAGAGAUUUAACCAACAAUAGAUUGGGAAUAUUUAAAAAAAAAACAUGGAUACUAAAUAUAUGUAUACUUUUUCAUUUCAUCAUUCCCUGAACAAUAUAACUAUUUACCCAGCAUAUAUACUGUGUAAUAUAUUGUUAGUAGACAAUAAAAAGCAUAUGCAAAGAUUAUGUGAGUUCCAUGAAAAUACUAUCCUAUUCUGUUUUUGUAUAAAGGACUUGAUCAUUUGAGGAUUCUAGCAUCUCUGUGGACUUGAACCAAACCAGUGUCUCAUUGCAAUGGACAUUUUUCCAGUGAAACUGUUGGAGCAAAGAGGUGUACUACAUGGCACACUGAAGCCUCCAGUGCCACCAGGACAAAGGAAGAGGUGCUGGAGGGCAGGAGGGACUGAGAAGCAAGGGAUUUCUCUGGUGUGGUUUCUGUUUUUUUUUUUUUUUUGCUCCAUUGCUUGCUUACUUCGUUUCCUUGUGUG